AUGGAUGAAUCAGAAAUCGCGCCCAAGUUCGCUCCUUUCAUCGGCAUGGCCGGUAUCGCCGCCGCCAUGAUCUUUGGCUGCAUAGGAGCGGCAUAUGGAACAGCCAAAUCGGGAAUUGGCAUUGCAGGUGUUGGUACUUUUAGACCAGACCUCAUCAUGAAGUGUCUAAUUCCCGUCGUCAUGUCUGGAAUUAUCGCCGUCUACUCGCUCGUCAUCUCCGUCCUGAUCGCCGGUGACAUGGACCCGCCAUCGCGACAAAGUUAUAGCUUAUUCAAUGGUUUCAUGCAUCUCGGGUGCGGAAUCUCCGUCGGAAUGACGGGUCUUGCGGCUGGAUACUGCAUCGGUAUUGUCGGUGAUAAAGGGGUUCGCGCAUAUAUGGAACAGUCCAGAAUCUUCGUUGGCAUGGUUCUUAUCCUUAUUUUUGGAGAAGUCUUGGGUCUCUAUGGUCUCAUUGUUGCUCUCAUCCUCAACACCAAGAGCAAGGGUUGA